AUGGCGCCCAAAUCAGCGCAGAAGAAGACUGCCAAUGGCGCCCCCAGACAGCCCACAAUGGUCCAGUCUUCGCCUCACAAACCACCAUACCCUUCCUACGACUACACUUCCACUGGUGUCAAGAACACCAACAUUCUCAACCUCUCCUCCUCAGCCUGGCAGAUCUGCGGCGCCAUUACGAUCCUCGCCUUCUUCGUCCGCCUGUUCCGCAUCUACCAGCCUUCAAGCGUCGUUUUCGACGAGGUGCACUUUGGAGGCUUCGCCAGCAAGUACAUCAAGGGGAAGUUCUUCAUGGACGUCCACCCUCCCCUGGCGAAGCUCUUGAUCACUUUGGCGGGAUGGUUGGCCGGGUUUGAUGGAGAGUUUGAUUUCAAGGACAUUGGAAAGGACUACUUGGAGCCCCGAGUACCAUAUGUGGCUAUGAGGCUGCUCCCGGCGAUCUGUGGUGUUCUGGCCGUACCGACCAUGUUCUUGAGCUUGAAGGCUGUCGGGUGCAGGACGUUCACAGCAGGCAUGGGCGCUGGAUUGAUUGUCUUCGAGAACGGGCUCGUCACGCAGUCGAGGUUGAUUCUGUUGGACAGCCCGCUGGUCAUCUUCACUGCAUUGACGGCACUGAGCUGGACCAGCUUCACGAACCAGAACGAGCUUGGGCCGAAGAACGCUUUCACCGCCAGCUGGUGGUUCUGGCUGGCAGCUACUGGUGUUUGUCUCGGAGCAACGGUCAGCGUCAAGUGGGUUGGCCUGUUCACUAUCGCCUGGGUCGGUUCUUUGACCGCCCUUCAACUCUGGGUCCUGCUCGGUGACACUCGCAACGUCACCCUCCGCAUCUGGUUCAAGCACCUUUUCGCCCGCAUCUUCUGUCUCAUUGUCAUCCCGGCGACUUUCUACAUGGCCCUCUUCGCCAUCCACUUCCUCUGCCUCGUCAACCCAGGCGAUGGCGAUGGCUUCAUGUCUAGCGAGUUCCAGUCCACCCUCAACACCAAAGGUAUGGCCGAUGUGCCGGCCGAUGUGGCCUUCGGCUCCCGCAUCUCCCUACGUCACCACAACACCCAAGGCGGCUACCUUCACUCCCACCAGCACAUGUACCCGACUGGCUCCAAGCAGCAGCAGAUUACGCUCUACCCACACAAAGACGAGAACAACGUUUGGCUGCUGGAAAACCAGACGCAGCCCCUCGACUUCGCUACUGACCCUACUGGUAACACCUCAUUCCCUGGCCCCUUGGCUUGGGACAACCUCAGCCCGGAAAACAUUAUCGACGGCUCCCUCAUCCGCCUCUACCACCUCACCUCCGACCGCCGCCUGCACUCCCACGACGUCCGCCCGCCCGUCACGGAAGCCGAAUGGCAGAACGAAGUCUCCGCAUACGGCUACCAGGGCUUCGAAGGCGACGCCAACGACCUCUUCCGUCUCGAGAUCAUCCCGAAACUGUCCGACGGCCAGGCCGCCAAAGAGCGUCUACGGACUAUCCAGACCAAGUUCAAGCUCGUGCACGUCAUGACCGGUUGCGUCCUCUUCAGCCACAAAGUCAAGCUCCCCGACUGGGGUUUCGAGCAGCAGGAAGUCACUUGUGCCAAGCAAGGUACCCUGCCCAACUCCGUCUGGUACGUCGAGAGCAAUCAGCACCCGCAGUUGCAGGAAGACGCCGAGAAGGUCAACUACCGCAACCCAGGCUUCUUUGGCAAAUUCUGGGAACUGCAGAAAGUCAUGUGGACCACCAACGCCGGCCUCGUCGAAAGCCAUGCCUGGGACUCCCGACCUCCUUCAUGGCCAGUCCUGCGCCGUGGUAUCAAUUUCUGGGGCAAAGACAACCGACAGAUCUACCUCCAAGGCAACCCAUUGAUCUGGUGGGCUUCCACGGCCGCGAUCGCAGUGUACGUCGCUUUCAAAGGCCUCUCCGUGCUCCGCUGGCAGCGAUCCUGCGACGACUACGCACACGACACUUUCCGCCGCUUCGACUACGAGAUUGGACAGAGUGUGUUGGGCUGGGCUUUCCACUAUUUCCCUUUCUUCCUCAUGCAGCGCCAGCUCUUCCUGCACCAUUACUUCCCCGCCCUGUUCUUUGCGGUCAUGGCGCUGUGUCAGGUGUGGGACUUUGUGAUGUUCCGCGUUGCUCGCUUUGGCGAAGGGAGGAUUAGUGUGAAGGGGGUGAAGGAUGUGCCCGCCGUGGGUAUGGUUGGUGGCACGAUCUUUCUUGCUGCUAGUGUUGUGGUUUUUGGACUGUAUGCGCCGUUGGCGUAUGGGAAUAUGUGGACGAAGAGCGAGUGUCAGCGGGUUAAGCUGUUUAAUACCUGGGACUGGGACUGCAACAACUUCCCUGAGUCGUACUCCCACUACGCAACCCUAACCCCCGCCCUCUCCAACGCCAUCCCCACCACCCAAGCCGCCCAAGGCGGCCCUGCGCCCCCCGUCGCCGACGACCCCAAAGCAGACGUUCACGUCACGCCCGGCGCCGGUGGAGCCGCAGGCGCCGUAGGCAAUGCCGGCGAAGUGGAGGAGAAAAUCGAGUAUAGAGAUGAAGACGGCAAUCUACUGAACGACGAACAAGUCGCCGCUUUGGAGGGGCAGAUUUCGUUCUCCACGCGCUAUGAAACACGCACACGUCUUGUCGACGGAGCGGGGAAUGAGGUAGCCGACGGCAUCAAUCUGGAGGGUGAGGAGCAUCCCCCGGAAGUCCCCGAGGAAGGGCUGGGGGCCAGUGCGCGCGAUGGGAGCUUCGCGGGUACGAAGGCUGAGGGUGUUCAGCAGGAGACUGUGGAUGUGCUUGUGGGUGGGGAGGGAGAGGGGAAGGCGCCGAGGAGUGUGGGUGUGGGGGAGGAUGUGGCUAAGGAGAAGGGGAGGGUUGGGGGAGGGAAGGGCGCGGAGCCGGAGAGUGAGGUGGGCAAGGAAACGGGGCAUGUUGAGUUGUGA